GUGUCGAUCUGUGGAGAGGAGACACGUCACGUUACGAUCCCCAACUUAACGCCGAUCGGAGGCCGGAGAGACCGGCUCAGCCUCGCUCCGCCGCCGCCGGCGACCAUGUCCCUGGCGGCUAUCUUCGUCUUCCUCAUCGUGUCCGCGCUGCAGCUGCUCUACCGCUACCUCGACCUCGCCAGAAAGAGCGGAGGACUUAGUGAUGAGCAGAUCAAAGUGCGGCUUGAAAUCAAGCAACUUCUCAAGGAGGCUGAUCAGUUGUCAACGCCGUCCACAUUUGCACAAGCUGCUAAACUCAAGCGCCUGGCUGCUGCCAAGGAGAAGGAACUGGCAAAAAUGCAGGAACAUGACCUUAAAGGGAAGCAAUCCUUAUACGACAAAUACACAAAAUUUUUGUUGGUUACUAAGGUCAUAAUUUAUGCUGUGCUCGUUCUGUGCUUUUGGAGUACUCCUGUAACUGCAGUUCCACAACAUCUUCUACAGCCCUUCGGAAAAAUGUUUUCCUGGAGAGGUGUUGAUACUGCCACCGGCAAUGUUGUGGUUGGAAUACUCCCGUGGCUGUUUUUGACCUCUCGGGUCAGCAAGAUGCUGUGCCAGAAACUGGGCUUCGUGCUUGUGCGUCCGUAGCGCCUUUCCAUGAGAAAGUCAGCAAGUUGCUGCACCUAAACAAGACUGCUAACUUUGUUCUUCUUCUAUAUCUUUUUAUAAUCAACUGUUUCACUUAUUGUCCACUAUAUACUCUGUCCGUUCUUUUUUAAUUGUCGUGUUUUAGUUUAAAAAUUAGCGGGCGAUAAAUAUUCGAGAACGGACUUGUAGUCAUAUAAAUUUGCUGUGCUAUGUGCUCAAGCGGAUACGUGUAUAAGUUACUAGUAGCCGUGAAUGA